AUGUCUUUUUUUUUUAAUGAAAAACCAAAAAGCGUUACGAAAAAAAGGCAGUUCUCGCGACAAAAAAAGCUCAAUCUGCUUCUUCAGAAAAAAUGGGAAAGCGCUCGGACGCCUACCAAGACUGCCGCGAAAGAAAGUCGGGUCGCAGUCGACGACGAUAGAAAGAAGAAGAAGAUAAAGAUGAUAAAAAAACGAGCGCACAUCGCGUCCACGAUCUUAGGCUUGGAUUAUGAAGAAGAUAAAGAAGAGGGAAAGGUGUACUAUUUAAACGCAGACGCGAAAGAUAAAAUCGAUUUCCGAGCGUACGUGGCGCAGAUUCGAGACUUUUUGUUGGGAAACUUUAACGUUUUCUCUUCGACUUCUUCGAGGACUACACUCGAAGAGAGCAUCGACGAAGGUAAAGGAGGAGGAGAAAAGAAGAAUUCAAAGAAGAAAAGAGCGAACGUGGCGUUAGCGAUGCGAUGCAACCAAUCGUUUCUGGCGCACUUCCUCGCUGUAUCUGAAAUCCCCUCGGUAGACUUUACGGUUUUAUUGAACAGUCGAUGGUCCUCGGAAGAGGCGCGAGCGGCUAUGGAACACUGCGAAUGCGAGAUGCUCAUCGCGGAUGAGUUUCAUCUGAACAUUUGGAGCGAGUUUGACGGCAGUAUGGAUGUGAGUGAGCGUUUAACGGUGUUGAAAGCGAGACCGUUUUACUCGUGCGACCGCGGGUUUCGCGAACGGCACGACAUCGCGAUGAAGAAGAGUUGGUUUCAAAAAGAGGACGAGAGGAAGAGGAAAGAAACUGAAAACGCGACGGAUGUGAUUGGGGAGUUGUUUGGGAAGGUUUUAGAGCUCGUGAAAGGUACGACGAGUGGUGAAAAGGAUGAGGAAAAGGAUGAAAGCGGUGGGAGGGAUGAUGAAGACGAGGAGGAGGUGCGCGGAUCGUUUACGCUGGAAGAUGUCAACGUGGUUGAGCAUUACACGGAAGAAGAACAAGAAGAAAUAGAAGAAGGUGGGAAUAAGGAAAUCAUCAAACGUAUGGUGCGAGCAGAAUACCGGGAUAUUCGAAACAAUUGUUGCCUCGUGUUCACCAGCGGUACGAGCGGAUUCGCCCCGAAAGCAGCGAUCCUUUCGCAUUCCAACCUUGCCGCCGCGAUCGACUCGAAAUUGUACGAUGAAAACGGCCCUCAAUACGAUAGCGAGGACGUUUAUCUGCACUGCGCGCCACUUUACCACGUCGGUGGUCUCAUCAGUGGACUCGCCGCAAUAAAAGCAGACGCGAGGCACGUCUUCCUCGAGUCUUUCGACGCUCGAUCGUUCUUACAAGCCAUAGUGACUGCAGAAGUCACCGCGUUCAUCGCCGUACCGACCAUGUUGCGCAAGCUCGAACGCAUGUGCAAAGAUGCACACUUGAUUCCCCGGCCGACGACAAUUUCUUCCACGGUUCAAAGCAACCCUUCGACGUUUAAUUCUGUCAAGAAAAUCCUCGUUGGCGGGGGUCCCAUGCAUGAAAAAGACGUCGCGUUUGCGAGAAAGAUCUUUCCAAACGCCAAAAUCAUCUCGACGUACGGCAUGACCGAAGCGACGUCGUCGAUUGCAUACGCUGAUUUGACGGAUAUUGAGAUGACACCUCUAGGUAGCAGGACGGCUUCGGCCUCCGACAUGUCUUUAGGAGACAACUGGGUGGUCACUGCAAACUCAAACGUUAAUCAAGGUAAAAUCAUCGAAGGUCUGUCCGUGAAAAUCGAUCGUUUAGGCCAGGAAAAUGAAAUCUUGAUACGAGGCGAAACGGUGUCAAAAGGGUACUACAACACACCCGUAGCUCAUUCGUUACACGUCGACGAUAAAUACAACAACAACGGGUACUUUCGAACUGGUGAUAUCGGAGAAGUCUCCAAAGAUUCCAACACCGUUCGCAUCCUUGGUCGAUUAUCCAAUGCAAUCAAAACUGGCGGAGAAAACGUCUCGUGCUUGGAAGUCGAACAAGUUGUCGAGAAGCACGAAUUGGUGCAAGAAUCUGUCGUAUAUGGCGUACCGGAUGACGUGUGGGGCGAAAUUGUAACCUGUGCUGUGCGACUGAAACCCGACGUCGAGUGGGCGCAACCGACGGAAAACCUCAACAACCCCGACGCGUGGGAGUUUAUGAAAUACGCCGAGGAACAUAUGGACGACCACAUGGACGGCCAGCUUUCAUCGUUGAAAAAAGUCAACGGGGAAAUGUUGCGUCACUGGUGCCUGAAAAAGCAACUGGCGAGGUUUAAAGUGCCUAAACAGUGGGUAGUCGUGGAGAAUGAGUUUCCUCGAAAUAGCGGCGGUAAAAUAGAUUUGAGCCAACUUAGAAGAGAGAUCACGGUCGGCCGACCGUCCCGUUAG